CGAUGGCUAGCUAGCUAACUAGCAUGCGGAUUAGUUGUGUCUAGCAUUACCUUGAAAUAGAUUUCGUCCACCACUUCAUGGUAUGUCUUUAACUCAUACAGCUGCACUUUGAAAUACGGUGAAGACAGCACAUUUGUAAGAAUCAUUGGGUUGAGGUUCAUCGUCUUCUCGUUGCCCCACAGGGGCAGUACGUUUCCAUGUUUUCCAGACGCAGGCUUGCUAACGGCCUGGUUAGCCAUGGUAACUAAAUCCCGCGACGCCGAGUUGUUUUCAAGUACUGUAGUCCUCCUUCCACUUACAGAUCCAUCUGUUUGUUUCUAUUCAGUCCCGAUUAUUACCAACUUUGUCCGUUAUUGAAGCAAAACGGUGGAAAAUCGAUGAUAUCAACUUCCCGCCGCCGUAAAAACCUAAAGUGCUGAUGCGAGGUGGAACCGGAACUGGAAGCUGGCGCCGUGGUGCAGUAGGCUGAGAGCAACAUGGGAGCUGCCGUUCAUACGUCAAUAUUGUAAACAUUUUCUGCAACCUUUCUACGGGAUGCUUAAACGUGGGAUUUGACCGCAAACAAGAUCACAUGACGCUAGCAGACUACACACCCUCCGUACUUGAGUCCAAGAUACUGUGGCUGAAAUCUUGGCCCUGCAGGAUUUUGUCAAUGAUGUCGUCGGCGUUAACCCUGGUGGCGUUCACCCUCGUCAGCUGAUUCUCCAUCGAGUUCUGCUUGACCGGAUGUCUAGUUCACAGAUUUGAUCAAGAAAAUUGUUAUGACCGGUGACCAGAAUAAAGACGGAAGUCUGGACUUCCAGGAGUUCGCCAAAUAUUUGAAAGAGCAUGAAAAGAAGCUGCUGCUGACGUUUAAGAGUCUGGAUAAAAACAACGACGGGCGCAUUGAUGCCACCGAGAUACAGCAGACCUUUGCAGAACUGGGCUUAAACAUCAACAGAGUGGACGCUUUGAAAAUCCUGCAGAGUAUGGACAUCGACGGCACCAUGAUGGUGGACUGGAACGAAUGGAGGGACUACUUCCUGUUUUGCCCUGCUCACAACCUGCAGGAGAUUAUACGCUACUGGAAGCACUCUUCGGUGCUGGAUAUAGGUGACAGCCUCGCCAUCCCUGAUGAGUUCACAGAAGAGGAGAAGAGCUCAGGCGGUUGGUGGAAGCAGCUGGUCGCUGGCGCUGUGGCGGGCUCCGUAUCCCGCACCGGUACGGCCCCCCUGGAUAGAAUGAAGGUUUUCAUGCAGGUUCACUCCAGUAAGGCGAACAAAAUAAGCCUGGCAGGAGGUUUCAAGCACCUGGUAUUAGAGGGAGGUGUCAUGUCACUCUGGAGAGGCAACGGCAUCAAUGUUUUAAAGAUCGCACCUGAGACGGCCAUCAAGUUCAUGGCAUAUGAGCAAUUUAAGAAGCUGCUGUCGUCAGAGGGGGAGAAAAUUGAGACACACAAAAGGUUUCUGUCGGGCUCGCUGGCUGGAGCAACGGCACAGACUGCUAUCUACCCCAUGGAGGUAUUAAAGACGAGGCUGACACUGAGGAAAACCGGUCAGUAUUCAGGAAUGUUCAACUGUGCCAAGACAAUCCUGACGAAAGAGGGCGUCAAGGCCUUCUACAAGGGCUACAUUCCAAACUUAAUUGGCAUCAUUCCCUACGCCGGGAUAGACCUCGCCGUUUACGAGAGUCUUAAAAACGCGUGGCUGUCGUACCACACCAAAGAAUCGGCCAAUCCAGGAGUUCUUGUGUUGCUGGGAUGCGGGACUAUUUCAAGUACCUGCGGACAGCUGGCCAGCUACCCUCUUGCACUGGUGCGCACGCGCAUGCAAGCGAGAGCUUCCUUGGAUGCCUCAGACCAACCCUCCAUGAGUUCCCUACUCAAGAACAUUGUAGCCAAAGAUGGCUUUUUUGGACUCUACCGAGGCAUCCUCCCAAACUUUAUGAAAGUCAUUCCAGCUGUCAGCAUCAGCUAUGUUGUUUACGAGUACAUGAAGAUCGGUUUAGGAAUCAGCAAAUGACACUGCAAGAACAUUUCACUGUAUUCAGCUGGAUCACCUGAGAAGACUGGCAUACAUGGCAUGACUUCCACCAGCUGGCGAUGGACCUGCGCGGUCAGGAAGAUGUAUUGCACUCCAGAUGGUCUGUUAUUAGCUAAUAUUUGAAUUAUUUAUACUAAGCAUGCUCUCUUCUUGUCUUCCUGCUGCUGAGAAAUGUAUGCUUUGUGCAAAACAAUACUUGACUCAGAGAAACUGAAUUGUAACUGAAUGCAAACAUAAAACUGUGAAAAUACAAAAGCUAAUGUUUUUUGUUUUUAACUGAGUGUAAAGCAAUGCAGUCCAUAAAUGACACUUUGAUGCCCAUCAACUUGACAUUUAGCUGGUUAAAAUGUAAAAACUAACGGUUUUAUAUUAUUUUCAUGUGCAUUUAGUUAUUUAUUGAUUGAUUGGAAAUAUUUGGAAAAAAACACCUACAAAAUUAAUAGUGAUUAUGUAUUAAGAAAUAGCUUUUACGCUUGAACUCAUGCUAAAAUGUGCAUUUUGUGUUCCAGUUUUGGCUAAAUGCUAUUAUAACCAUGAUAGCAUGAUUCCUUAAAUUCUGGAAAAGUACAAUUUGACCGUUCCCCCUCAAGCAUGACAAACACAUGCACGUUGACUAACUGACUGACGUUCUCAUU